AUGCCUACAAAUAGAGUGACCAACGAAGAACAAAGGAAAUUAAUAGAAAGAGAUGAGUAUGAAUUACAAAAAUUUAAAGAAUCUAACAAAAUUAAAAGUGAAUAAUUCUAUGCAAUUCAUAUAUUUACAUGCAUAUAAUAUAGAGAUAUUUUUCAGAUGAAAGAAUGAUGAAAGUGAAAGAAUACCAUCUGAAAAAGUUUUCUCUUAAUGUUCAAAUGCAUACAUGUGUUAUGUUUUUUCCUCACACUGUAUCUUACAUUAUGGUAGAAAAAGUACCAGAAGAGGGUGCCGAAGAUUUUGACGAAUCGGCCGAACCAGUAAUGGUAGAAAAAAGGAUUUGUGAGGUGGCAAAUACGUGUGCUCUUAAAUACGAAGAGUUUAUGGUUGUCGAAGCUAAGGAAAUACAAUUGACAUCAGAGACUUUGGAAGAGGUAUACAUUUAAAUAUAUAAUAUAUUUUAACAAUUAGAAAUAUAAUGAUUACUUACCUAUAGUGUCUCAGUUAUAACAAAACUCGAUUACUGGAAUAAAUAUAAAGUUAAAUUUUAACUUAAAUAUUAUAAUUAGUUCAAUAAGUUUCUCAUGGGAUAGUUUUACUUUUGCAACAUAAUUUAAAGUUUUUUUCUCUUUUUUAAAAAAAUUGUUGAUAUUUAGGUAGUUAUAUAUAUAAAAUAUGUGAUUAUAUGAACCGUUAACUGCAGAAUUCCUAAAUAUUCAAAUUUUAAAAUUGUUCAAGAAAGACAAAAAUUUUCUUACCAAGUUCACUGCCAUGUACUUUUACUAUGCAUUGCCUAGGAAGCCAUGUCUAAAUUUUCGUAUAAACGCCAUUAAUUACCAUACUUGCUUUCGGGGUAUAAUAGGACACAGGUACAGCGUACAUACUGUAUAGGGAUCGAAUUUCUUGGAUCCAAUAACUUUAUGUUCGAAAAUCUUACACGGAAGUGUUGUGUAAAGAAUAAUGCUAAAAAAUAAUUUUAAUUGUUGAAUAUUUUUUUCUUUUUAAAAUUGACAAACAUAAAUACAAACCUUUACGCGUGAAAGGCAAGUUUGCAGUGUACAAAAGAGUUUUUUAAAUAUUACAUAAAAUGAUUACAGAAAUGAAUGGAUGUACGUAAUUUCACCAGCACCUCAAAUAUUGGCCUUUUUUGUGCCAAUAUUUAGCAUGUAAUUAGCAUGAAUUUGCAUGCCUAUUACCAGAAUUUGCAUUCUUUUUUUAGGCGUUAAAUCAAAAAACCUACGUGGGGGCUAUGAAAACGUUUCUAUAGCCCUCCGGAUUUUAAAUUCAGCGUUUCGCAUAUUAAGCAUGCAAUUAGCAUGAAUUUACAUGACUGAUCCCAACAUUUGCACUACACUUCCCCGCUAGUAAUAAGUAUUUUUUCGGAUUUGCGUAUUUCAUCAGCCCCUCUCCCCAUUUAAUAAUUUCAAAUUUUUUUUUGCGCCAAUUUUUAGCAUGAAAUUAGCAUGAAUAAAAAUUGGUUUUUUUUUUGAGGUUUUCUUAAGGGAGGAGGGGGCUGGAGGAACAUGUCUACAACCUACGGUACGGCACUCGUCGUGUUAAUAAUUAGAGUAAUUUGAAAUUUUAGAUUAAAAUUUUGUAUAACAUUUUUUUUUAAUUAAAUUUUACGAAUAUUUAGAUUUUAGAAUAAACUUUCAUUACAAAUUCUUAUUUUCUUUAGUGAUAUUUGCUUGUUCCUUUCAUUUUAAUUUUCCUUAACUCUCGGUGAGAAACCUUCUUUUAUGUCACUAAUCAACAUUUUUUUACUAUAUAAACAGUGACGUGUCACUUAUAUCCAGUAGGUAGCCUUAGUAAGUUAGGUACCCUGGUUUUUUUCAAUCCUAGAAAAGUAAUAUUUAACAAGAUAACUUUUAUUCCUUCCGUGAAAUACGGUGGUUUUCAUGAUGAUGUAAACUAUAGGUUUAAAUAUGGUUAGAUAAGUUGUAGAGAAAAGCAUCAAGUGUUUUAUGUAACAAGAUAAUAUUCCAAUGAAACCUGAAAUUAAGUUUUACAAAAGUAUGGUGAGACUAUGUUGUAUGAUUUAGAGUGUUUGACGGUUGACAAAAAAAAUAAAAUAGAAAAUGAGUUUAGCAGAGAUGAGAAUGAGCGGAGUUACAAGAGAAGAUAGGAUAUGGGAUGACUGCAUAAGAGAUAGCUUGAACAUGACUUCGAUACAAGACAAAAUGAGAGGAAAUAGAAUGAGAUGAUUUGAGUAUAUCAUGGGAUGGGAGGAAUUUAAAGCAGUUAUAAUCGUCAUGAAAAUAAUCAUCGGAGGAAAGAGAAAGAGAAGAAGACCAAAUAUAUAGUGGUUGGAUAUGAAUAUAUGAUAUAAGAACAGCCGGUGUAUACAAGGUGAGAGAUCGGGUCAAGUUUAGGUCGAGGGGGACCAAUUCCAAAUAGUUGGGUUAAAGGCGAAGGAGAAAAAGAAGAUAGUUGGCUGUGGGCCGCAGCUUAGGUUUAGUAUAUAAAUAAUUAAUAACGUCGUCCACCUAUAUUCGUAAUUACGUGUGAUUCCGAUUGCGUUGUAGUGCCUUCACUAAAACCGUCAACAAAAGUAACGGUAUCACUUGAAGCAGCAUAUAGUGAAACAAAAUUUAUAUUUUACGGCAUCAAAAUAUGCUUAGUGCUUACGUAUAUACAGAACUUACUUAGAUUUUGUUUUAAAAUAAAUGCUCCCUUUACAAAAUUAAAAAAGGACAAUAUUCUGAAACUGUGUUUUUCCAUUAUUUCGAAUAUAAUACUCAAUUUAUCGUCUAGAAAUAAUGAGUAAUGACUUCAUUAUUAUCAAAUUACUACAAAUUUACAAAAAAAGGAAUUAUUUAAGAAAAACACAUUGUCUUGUCCUUCAGAACAUUGUGCUAUUUUAAUUUGUCUGAUAGGUGCUUUUACUCUACAUCAAAAUUAAGCGAAUACUGUAUUUCUAUGUCUGCGUCGACAUGUUUUUAUUACCAAAAAUAAAUACACACACUUCUUAUGAUGGGGUAAGCCAAUGUUGUAGGUGAGAAGUUGGGAAGGUAAAGGGACAAUUUAAUAUGUGUCUGUACGCAACGAUAUAUCAUUUCUAACGAAAAAAUAUUCUAAGUGGAGUUCGAUUAUAUAUGUUCUGAAGGACUGUAAUAUUUACGGUUUAAAAAUAAUAUACAUGUAUAUAAUGUAUUUCUUAAAUUUUCCUGUUUUUCCUACGUUUUUUCCAUAUAUUUUGAAAACUAGAAAAUGACAUUCUCAUUGUACCAAUCCAGGCAAAUUUCUUUUCAAGAAAGGUGCUAUACUUGAAAAUCAGAGCAAAAUUUCUAGUGAAAAAGUUAUUCACAAAAAAAAAAUUAUAAUAAUAAUAAUAAAUAAACAUCAAUGUAAAAUCAUUAGGUAUAGUCCUGAUGAGUGAGGCUCCAUUCAGAAUCUAAAAUCGCCAAUUUAGUUUAUUUUUAAGACUAUAUACCUACACAGUGUAUUAUGUAUUUUACGGUUAAUGUUGUACAAUUGAUUAAUCGGUAUUACCGUAUCAAUAGUUUUUGUGUAUAAAAACCGAUUUUAUGUUGCUAAUUUUAUUAUUAGAUUGUAUUAGCCUUGUAUCAAAUAUUAAGGUGAUAACAUUAUCUAAUAAUAUACGUAGACUUGUUUUCAAUAUUAUAAUUGUCAAGCAAGAUAUAAAUACGUGAAAUAUUUAAAUUAAAAAAAUCAUCAAAUUUGGCUAAAAUAAUAAAAUAAUGAAAAAUCGAAGGCGCAUUUCCCUGACAUUUCGAAUUUGUGAACCAAACGGGGGCUAUCGAUUGUUCUUUAUUUGUUCUUGUUUAUUCAACAAGUUCCUAAAAUGUCCUACUUCAACAAAUUGUAUACAUUUAUAUAUGAUAUUUAAAAUUUAAUAAUUUUCCUUAAUUUUCCUUGAGGUAACUACCUCAAAAAAUGACUGCCACGCCACUGAAAAUCACAAAAAUAUUUAGAUUUUCACGUUUUCUUAAUUCUGGACAUAUUUUUUAUGGAAACCUAUAUAGACAAAUACCAAAACGAUAUUGGAUUUAUAUCAGUUUUAAAGUAUAGAAUUCAUUGAAUGUUGAGUCCAUCUCCAGUAUUUUGUGUUUCAUCAAAAAUACAUUCAGAACCAGGUACCAGAAAUGAAAAAGUUUUGGAGAACAAACGAAGAACAAUCAAAAGCAUCUGGUCCGGAUCUGAAAUUUGAAAGUGAGGGUGCUGGGUUUUUCUCGACAUCCUUACCGUAAAUCGGUUAUAAGUCAGGAACAGGGAUGGAAUUUACUAGAACAAACGAGGCAUAAUAGAAAGUCCUUGAUUUGGUUCCAAAAUUCAGUGUGGGUGCUGGGAUUUCCUCUGCCCCCCCCCCCCGAAAAUCGAAUAUGAGUCGUGAACGGGAAUAGAACAAACAAAGAGAUUUUCGGAACAAACAAGAACAAACGAAAAACAAUCGAAAGCCUCUAGUUUGCUUUAAAAAAUUCGAAAAUGGGGGUGCCAGGGAAACGUACCUUUUUUCCUUUUAAAGUUUUUAAUAUAAAAGAAUAAACUAAUACUUAACACAAAAUUAGCUGCUCAAAAUCGGUUAAAGUAAAAAUACAAUGGUUUUAAAACAUCAACCGUAAUAUAUAUAGGAUGAUUCACUAAGUGUACUCACUCCAUUUUUUUGAUUACUGCUCUCUUCCUACCUAAACGUAAAAGUGGAAUAUCUCGUUAAUGGAAAUCAAAAAUUGUAACUCCAACAUUUAUUUGAAGUAACACUCCCUUUAUUUAUGAAAUUUUAGUAUUUCAGUGGUUAUAUUACAAACGAUACCUAAUUGCUCAUAGGUACUUAUAUGUAAUCUGUUAUAGAUGUUUUUGAUGGAAAGAAAUGUUCUGGAAAGUUUCUCGCCAAGAUUAGUUGAUGAAUUGCUGAGUAAAAAAGUAUUUUCAGUAUUGUUGUCACUGCCUGUAAUAAAAAAUGAAGGACAUAACGCCAUAGAAGACGAAGACUUCACCAAGUACUGGGGAGUGCCUGAAGAGAAGAUGAGCACGAUAAUUUAUGGCAACCAGAAUCCGGUGAAUCCCAGUCCAAAAUCGUAAGUAUGUAGAUACCUAUUAUAGAAAGUCCAAGAAAGAAUGAGAGAACGAUACAUAAUUUUCAAGACCUUUAAGAAAAGCAUUGUGUACUAUAUGGUUAUUACAUGAAAUAAUAUCAUUAAUUAGUCUAUAACUACGAGUGGAUUUUAUUUCUUAAUUUGAAAGUCUAAACACUUUUAUUAACGUUUGGUCCAUCUGAGCCUACCAUUAAUAGUUUUUCUUUGGGAAAUUCAGCGCUGUUUAAUGCUAACAUUAAACAUUCAUCAAUUUUAAUUGUAGUAGAUGCAAUAAAAAAUUUUUCUAAUUGGCUUACAAUAAUCUCCUUAUUUGUAUUACACCCGCAAUAAAGCACGGCUACUUGUAACUCUUUUUCCCGAAUUGGUAGUUUCAACAUACAUAAGCGUAUAGUAUUUUGAAUAGUUUUGAAUUUUGCCUAAUAAUCUAUCUAAAAUGAAGACCUAAAGCAUCAGUAAUUAAAUAAGACAUUUUGGGCUUAUACUAAGUACAUUAGAUAUUGCUUUUAGAAACAUAGUUUUAUAUAAUUCAGCUAGUAUAAUGUCUGAACUGCCCGACAUGUUGCAUAACACACUCUUCAUUGUCCAAAAAAGAUCAGCUUUAGAUUAGCUUCGUUUGUAAUAUACUUCAAGAUUUCCAAUGUACUCCAAGUUGUGUAACCAAGACUAUUAAUCUUCUCCAACCGUACUUUAUUAACGGUACACUUUCCCAUUUUUUUGGAGGUUCUAAUAAUCUAUAGUUUAAUGAGUGAUUAGGUACCUAAUUAUAUUUUUGAGUUUCAAAAGUAGAAAAUAAUUAUUAGUUUUAGAUUUUAAAAAAUUAUUUAAUUUGAUUUUAUAAUUUGUUUUGACUCGGCUAGUCACAAUCAAUUCAAUUUUCUAUUAAAUUGUAAUAUAGUCUUGCAGCUGACAAUAUAGUAGUGAACAAUUUCGGGGAAAAAGUCCCUUCGAUGUAUACGCCUACUAAUCCACUAAGUAAAGCUUCGGCUCUUACAGUUUUGUUCAACAAGUUUUCCAUAACCAAUCAAUACGUCGCACCUCAGCCUCCUGUACCGCAGGUUAGUAUAUUUCAGUAUAUUCUAAAAACGAUUUUCAAUCAUCUGUAAAUAAUAUAGUCGUUGUUAACUGUAUUUUUACAGUAUCUCAUGAUAUUUGAAAUCAACAAGUCCGACAUUGUAUUACCAAUCAUCGAGGAUAUCGAAGACAAUAUCAUCAAUUACGGGUUUUUUCGUAGCGCCGAUCCUGAAAACCCAAGACUAUUGUGCAAAAAUCACGAGUUGUUAGUUACUUAUGGCAUGGAAAAAAUCGGGUACCUGUCUAUAUAAAUUUAGUAUAGAGUAUAGGUUAACAAUAAAAAUAUCAUAUUUUCAGACACCUGUUUGUGAUCUGUUAAAAUAUUCGGAAAAAUUAUUGCAUUAACAUUAUGUUUAUUUUGUGUGUAUAGCAAAGAUGCAAAACUAGUGUUAUCUGUAAUUAAAGACUACAAAGACAAAAGCAUGUUGCGAUUCAUAGACGCUGGGCCCAUUUACGUAAGUACGGACAGUGAGUUAGGCAUCGAUGAUGCUGCUCAAUUUUUCCCGUACAACUUUGAAGAGAUAGAAGGUGAGAUAAAGAUGUUGGUUGACCGUUUCUUUCAUAACGACGAAGCUACAGAUGGAGAAUACGAACUGGAUGAAGGUAACGAUGAAUUCUUGGGCGAAGACGAUAUAGAUCUACAUACGUCAGACAUCACUGUGCGUUAG